AUGGCAUCCAUUGACAUUCUAAACUCACCCAGGCUUCACAUUCCCAAUCCUCACAGCCACUUCAGAUCCCUAGCUCACUCAAGGCACCUCAAUUUGAUAACAAGGCUCCGAAAGCAGCCACCUUUCCCUCGCCGGUCACUCACCGUCCUCUGCUCAAAGUCCGGUGACGCUAGCAAAGCUUCCGGGGAUGAUUUUAUGACCAGGGUUUUGAAGGAGAACCCAAGCCAGGUUGAACCCAGGUUCUUAAUUGGUGAAAAGUUUUAUACUUUGAAGGAAAAAGAGAGUUUAGGGAAGAAACCCAAUGUGGGUUUUGCUGAGUUCUUGGCAAAGAGGUUGACUUUCAAGAAGGCAGAAGAAGAUGUGAAGAAACAGAGGAAUGAGGAGGAGGGUGUGUUUUUGAAUGAUAUUUUGAGGGAGUACAAGGGGAAGCUCUAUGUGCCUGAGCAGAUUUUCGGAGCCGAGUUGCCGGAGGAGGAUGAGUUUGAGAAGAGUUCGGAGGAAUUGCCCAAGAUGAGCUUUGAGGAUUUUCAGAAGGCUAUGAAGAAUGAUAAGGUUGAGUUGUUGAGUUAUAAGGAAGUUAAGGGUGGUGCUUAUGGGUUUAGUGAUUUUGUUGUUGACUUGAAGGAGAUCCCAGGAGAGAAGAGAUUGCAUAGAACCAAAUGGGCAAUGAGGCUGGAUGAGGGUGAAGCUCAGGCUCUUUUGGAGGAGUAUACGGGUCCGAGAUAUGUGAUUGAAAGACAUACCACGUCUUCGGUUGGAAGCUUACCGCAGUACCCUCAUCCAGUGGCGUCUUCCAUAUCAAGCAGAAUGAUGGUAGAGCUUGGAGUGGUGACAGCUCUAAUGGCUGCUGCUGCAGUUGUUGUUGGAGGGUUCUUGGCUUCCGCAGUAUUUGCUGUUACCAGUUUUGUGUUCGUGGCAACUGUAUAUGUUGUGUGGCCUAUAGUCAAGCCAUUUAUCAGGCUUUUUCUUGGUAUUCUCUUUGGUAUUUUGGAGAGAGUAUGGGAAAAGGUUGUUGAUUUUUUCAGUGAUGGAGGCAUUUUCUCUAAACUAUAUGAAUUUUACACUUUUGGUGGUGUCUCUGCCAGCCUUGAGAUGUUAAAGCCAAUUUCAAUUGUCCUUUUGACUAUGGUCCUUCUUGUCCGUUUCACACUCUCAAGAAGACCUAAGAACUUCAGGAAGUGGGAUCUGUGGCAAGGGAUUGAUUUUUCGCGGUCUAAAGCAGAAGCUCGUGUUGAUGGAUCGACAGGAGUCAAGUUUGGUGAUGUGGCAGGGAUUGAUGAAGCAGUAGAGGAACUCCAGGAGUUGGUGAAGUACUUGAAGAACCCAGAAUUGUUUGAUAAGAUGGGAAUAAAGCCUCCUCAUGGGGUUCUCUUAGAGGGCCCUCCCGGAUGUGGCAAGACCUUGGUGGCCAAAGCAAUAGCUGGGGAGGCUGGUGUUCCAUUUUACCAAAUGGCAGGAUCUGAGUUUGUUGAAGUUUUAGUUGGUGUUGGGUCUGCUCGUAUUAGAGAUCUAUUCAAAAGAGCCAAGGUGAACAAACCAUCAGUUAUAUUCAUUGAUGAGAUUGAUGCAUUGGCUACCAGGCGUCAAGGGAUUUUCAAGGAAUCUGGCGACCAACUGUAUAAUGCAGCCACUCAAGAAAGGGAAACUACACUAAACCAGCUCUUAAUAGAACUUGAUGGGUUUGAUACUGGUAAAGGUGUUAUCUUCUUAGCUGCUACAAAUCGCAGGGAUUUGCUAGACCCUGCACUUCUGCGACCAGGUCGUUUUGAUCGCAAGAUUAAGAUUCGUCCUCCUGGUCCAAAGGGAAGAUUGGAGAUUUUAAAAAUCCAUGCAAGCAAAGUUAAAAUGUCAGAAUCUGUUGAUUUGUCCAGCUAUGCAUUGAACUUACCUGGAUGGACGGGAGCAAAGUUGGCACAGCUGGUCCAAGAGGCUGCACUUGUUGCAGUAAGGAAGGGGCAUGAUUCAAUUCUUAGGUCUGACUUGGAUGAUGCAGUUGAUAGACUUACGGUAGGACCAAGACGGGUUGGAAUCGAUUUGGGUUAUCAAGGACAAUGCCGUCGAGCUACUACUGAAGUUGGAGUCGCAUUGACAUCUCACCUGCUUAGGCAAUAUGAGAGUGCAAAAGUUGAGUCCUGUGAUCGCAUUUCAAUCAUUCCUCGUGGCCAGACACUGUCACAAGUUGUAUUUGAUCGUCUUGAUGAUGAAGCAUACAUGUUUGAGCGUCGGCCACAAUUGUUGCAUCGCCUUCAGGUUUUACUUGGAGGGAGAGCUGCAGAAGAGGUCAUAUAUGGACGGGACACAUCAAUGGCAUCAGUUGACUACCUUGCUGAUGCAUCUUGGCUUGCGCGUAAAAUCUUGACUGUUUGGAAUUUGGAGAAUCCAAUGGUCAUACAUGGAGAGCCACCACCUUGGAGGAGGAAACCUAAGUUUGUAGGCCCUCGGCUGGACUUUGAGGGAUCGUUGUAUGAUGACUAUGGCCUAAUUGAACCACCAGUGAACUUCAAUUUAGAUGAUCAGGUUGCACAAAGGACUGAAGAGCUGGUACAGAGCAUGUAUGCAAAGACACUUUCUUUGCUUAAGCGUCAUCAUGCAGCUUUGCUUAAAACGGUGAAGGUUCUUCUCGAACGCAAGGAAAUCAGCGGUGAAGAAAUCGACUUCAUACUGAAAAAGUACCCUCCCCAAACACCAGUGAAGCUUCUAUUAGAGGAAGAAAACCCCGGUAGCCUCCAGUUCAUGAAACAGGAAGAGAAACAUGAGCUAGAGUAUGCCCUUCAAACCCGACAGAAAGGCGAAACCUUGUAAGGAAUCCACGAGGCUCCAUCUCCCCGUAAUUUUUGGUGACUUAGAACACAAUGAGGAACCGGACAGAACACAAUGAGUGACUUAGAACACAAUGAGUGAGAUUCACAAACCUGUAAUUUAUAAGCUCCUAUAAGCUAUAAUGUACUUUUUGUAAUUCAAUACAUAGGUCCAACUAUUUUUCUUUUUUCUUUUUCUUUUGUACUCUUUUACUACGUAUUAAGGAAAUAUUUUAUUAG